ACAUUUAUCCCAUUGAGAUUCCGCUACCUGUAAAUCUGUCCCGUUUGCGACGCUUGCCACCAAAUAAGGCCCUGAGAAGAGAGUCGGAAUGUCGAGGGCAAGAGCGACAGCGACUUCUAGUAACAACGAUGUCACAGUAAUAUUAGAGGCACUCCGGGCCUGCUCCUCUUCACCCAAUCGUUCCAUUAUCGGAUCCCAACAGAGCUCAGGAAGAUGACCUACGAAUAGAUCGUCGACGCCGACAUCCUACAAACUAUGACAACGCGAGCUUUCCAGAACACAAGUCAUUACGGCCUAGGAAUCCCAGAUGGCCAUGGUACUCCAAAAACUAUCGACCUUGAGUCCAUCGACAAAACAGUCGUCCGCGAAAUUAUCACACAGAUAUACACCACCAACGCAUCUUCCUGGGUGCAGUCGCCAGAACACAUUCCCGCCUUCCUAUCAGCCGAUUUCUUCGGGCUAGGAGUACGGCCCUCAAACGUCUCACUCUCGGCCCUAACAGUCCGCAUAGUCCUAGAGACAGCCGACCCGGCGGCCUUCGGCGGACAGUUCGAACGGCUCCUCAGCACGGAGCAGGUGUGGACUGGGAAUUUCAAGCUUGACAUUUGGCUCUGGAUGGACAGUUUCGGACUGGGAUUUAUCUAUAAUAUGAUGGCCGAUGCACUGCGGGCGUUGAGGUCUAUGGUCAAGCAGACAGAGAAUCGCGGUGGGGUUGUGUGGGUUCGAUGUAAUGGGCGGUACUUUGCGGAGGAAUGGAAGGAGGUGUAUAAGGACUUCGUCUCUGACAAGGAGGAGGUGCUGAAGCGGAAGAUGAAGGAGCAUAUCCUUUCAGGGUGUGGUUAGGGUUGGAGGGUAUCCGGCCGAGUUUGACUUAGCCAACUCAGGUGCCUCAGAGUGGAGCGCUGCCCAUUGCAAUCUGCCUUCACCGGCGCAAAGGGACGUCAGACUUUGAAGUGAAAGACAACCUU